CCCAGCCUUCUUUUCUCCACUCUCUGUCUCUCUCUCUCUCCCUCUCUCUCAGCCCCUCGGCUCGCUCGGCCGCCUUCUCUCCAAGCGGCGUCGCGGCGACGACAGGGGAGUGACGCCGCCCUUGCCAGUUCUUCGUCGGAGGCUUCGCCGACCGACAAGGACACGUCUCAGCGAUGGGUGACUACACAAUCCAGAUCAGCACCAAGCUCAUCGACCAGCUUGCUCGCGACGAUGAGAAGGUCAAACGGAAAUCCAGGAAGCCCAGGCCUAAGAAGAAGACCACCGUGCAACAGCAUGAAGAACCCCAGGACAUCACACCGAAGGAAUUCCCGAGCGAGCCCAAGACUGCCCCUGACCCUGUUCCUGCUCCUGGGUGGCCUGUGCAGCCUCCCCCAGUGUUUCUGCCAGUUACCCCUGCUCCCCCACCACUCCCAGUUGCAAUGCUGGAGGUGGAAGCCAUCUGUUCCAUUCUUAAAGAAAGCGAGGCGGUUCUGGAGAAGCUGGGCAAGCAGGAGACUGGGGCACGCCAAGAGCUCAGCAAGAGAGCAAAGGAGCUGCACGAUAAGGAGUUCAAGCUGCCGUACCAGAACCCCAUGCCCUGCACUGAGGAGAGAGCAGGCUGCCUUGAGUGUUACAAGAGCAAUGCAAAGGACCCGCUCAAGUGCGCUGAAGCAGUCAGGAGAUUUGAGGCAUGCGCUCUCAUGGCCAUGAAGAGUGCCACUGCCAAAGCCGAUUAGUCAGUAGCCCAUGAAGAUUUGUGGGUCAGGGUGACCUGAUAUUCUGUUCUCCCUUGUCGUUUCCAUUUUUGAGGUGAUCAAAUAACCUGGAUUUUUCAUGGGAACCAAAAAAACAUCAUUGUAGAUUUCUAAUUGCACUGCACUGGGCUAGGUAAGGCUGGAUAGCCUUGAGUUUAGAACUUCCGUAUUACACAUGUUUGGCACAAUUGGAAUAUCAGUUGCUGCUGCGAAGUUUUUUGUCUGAAUGAGAUGUCAUGAGUGAGAUCAGUAUCCACUGGCUGAACUACUUAUUGUUGCAUUGUAUAUGGUAUCAUGAUCGGCCUAUUGUCAGUCAUACACUUUUACUUGUGCCUCUGUAUACCUCUUUUCCAUUUUCUUUGAAUGACACAGUUUAGCAGCA